CAACCUUCCCUGCCUCUGAUCCAGAGCGUGAGGAGGAGGACCAGGAAUACACUCAUGUUCCCCGAGCUCUAGAAAAAACACCAUCAACUCCUUCAAUGUUAAAACUCCACAAUUAAACCGACUCGGGAGGAGGAAAAGGCAACUGAAGAACACGAAAAAGCCGCCUUUUCGCAAUUUUUACGCAAUCCACGCGAUUGCAACCGUGCAGAAAAUCAAUAACGGAAUACAAGGGGACAGACAAGAUUCAGGCGCUACUUCAUACUGUUAUGAGGCGAGAAUGAGUAGCGCAGAAGACAGCGGGAGCAAGUGUUCGUCGGGCCCGAUUUCCAGCUUUACCAUCCAGUCCAUUUUGGGCACGCCGCCCGAUGCGCCGCGCUCCGUCAGCAAGGAGCUCGCUAAGGUGGCGCCGCCGCCGCCGCGGAGGCGCUCGCUGUCGGUGUCCUCCUCCGAGGAGUGCAGCGGCGGGGAGGACUCGGCAGACUGCUUCUGCUCCGACACGGGUCACAGCGAGCCCUGCACCCAGCACCGAGCCCAUAACUUCUGUAUAGCGCCCCGCAAAGGACUCCUCUCCGGGAAUGACGGGCUCGCGCGGCGGCCGCACCUGCCCCAGCCCCUGCUGCAGGAUUACAAGGAGGAGCAGGAGAGGCCGUGCCAUCAGAUGUCCCCCCUGUCGGAGGAGAGACACUCGGACGGCGCGGACAAGCAGGGCAACUCGGCCAAGAAGAAGACGCGCACGGUUUUCUCCCGCAGCCAGGUGUACCAGCUGGAGUCCACCUUCGACAUGAAGCGGUACCUGAGCAGCUCGGAGCGGGCCUGCUUGGCCUCCAGCCUGCAGCUGACUGAGACUCAGGUCAAGACGUGGUUUCAGAACCGCAGGAACAAAUGGAAACGGCAGCUUUCGGCCGAACUGGAGGCGGCCAACAUGGCCCACGCCUCCGCGCAGACACUAGUGGGGAUGCCGCUGGUCUUCAGAGACAACUCCUUACUGCGUGUUCCGGUUCCCCGGUCCAUCGCCUUUCCGACGCCCCUUUAUUACCCGGGGAGCAACCUGUCAGCGCUACCUUUGUACAACCUGUAUAACAAGAUUGAGUACUGAUGGACUGUGCUGUAUGCUCACCACAUGCAGUCCACGUACACGCGUUACAAAACGAUACAACAUCCUUUUAAGUGUCUCCACAUAACCCCCCUGUAUAUUAAUUGUAUCACUUUAUUCGUCGAGGAAAUUGUUAUUAUGCAGCAACUGUACGUCUCACAUGAAAGCAGCCAAGCUUAAUUGUUUAAAAUACACCAUGUGUAUAAUUAAUUACAGUCAUUUUUGUAUUUUUAUUUUCUCUUUCCUCCUUGAACUUACACAAUAAUGGGGUUUAACAGUCAUAUCCCAUUCGAGAAAAAAAAAUGGAUUCCAGAAAAAAAUGCUUUUACAGUGUUUAUAUUCUUAAUCGGUCUGUCACAUAUUGCAAAGCAGCAGUGCCAUUUAUUUCACCCGACAGGAAAAGCAUUAUUAUUCCAUUUAAGGGAAAAUAUCAUUGUUUCUAUUGUAAUUUAGAACUUCAAUAAUAACCUUCUCAUUCAAUAAAUUUUCUA